CAAUACACUUAUAUGCAUUCAGUUCCGAGAUAGCGCCAAUGAACAUCUCACCCCCGGCUUUUGCAUCUCAACGUUCACCCGCCUUGUCCAGCCCCGGGUCAGUCCGAAGUCAUACUCGCACGGCAUCUCUCGAUCAUGGGCGGCGGGGACAUUCGCCGGCGCCGCCCAACCAUCAUCCGACCGCCUCGUUGUCAAAACUAGAGUCUGUCACAUCAAAGGAAGAUGAAGAGAGGACCGGGCCACCAACAGAGGAUCUCGAUCUAGCAAGGAUGCUGGAAGUGGAAAGAGAAAAGGGCUCCGUGAGUCUUAACCUCUCGCAACGCAACUUGGCCAACUUGCCCCGAGAAAUUGGAACAAUGGUCCUACUUGAAAGGCUCGGACUUUCGAAUAAUAUGUUAUCCUCACUACCACCAGAAUUGUGUGGGCUAUCUCAUUUGCGCUACCUGAAUCUGCGAUCAAAUCGUAUGCGUGAAUUUCCUUUAGUGAUAUGUCAGUUGCCGGCUUUAGAAAUCUUGGAUAUGAGUCGAAAUAAGCUAAAACGUCUGCCGAAUAACUUUGGGACGUUGAUGAACUUGAAGGUACUGAGCCUAGCAAGAAAUCGCAUUCAAGAACUACCGAUGUAUCUGGGAGAGAUGCAGGGUCUGAAGGUUUUGAAAAUAGAACACAAUCCGAUACAAUGGCCCCCGCCUGAUGUCCUGCAGUGUGAAGCAGACAUUCCACACGAAACCUGGCUGCAGACUUUCAAGGAUUUCCUUGUGCGAGAAGGCAACCUUUCCAGGACUGGGACUAACGACGCAAGCGCAGACGUCUCAAAUCCUCAAAGUAGCGAGCUGCACACGUCCGGUGCGGGUCAACGGGGUCCACGCAGAGACAAGCAAAUUGAGGAGUACACAGAAGAAUGCGACCAGCUACUACACUCUGUUCUCCGUAACGAUAAUCGAAGUUCUUAUACUGCACAAUCAUCUCACGGGGCAGCAGAGUCCGAACGAGAGUUACAGUUGUUUGAAAUUCUAGAGGGUGUUGCGUACGCGUUGACAUGCAUAUACAGGAUUGUAAGAGAGAUUUAUGCGCAUGCUGCAGAUCUUCCGGUGGACCAUAGUAUCCUGCGCUCCUGGAGAGGACAGAUGGAAGAUCUCAACCGAAACACAUGCUCGUUGAUAUCCGUAUUGUUCACCGAAUCAGAUGGAGAAGCACAGAUAGCUGAUAGCCAGGUGGAGAUUGGGGCCGGCAUCCCACCUUCAGUAACUUCCUUAGCAGACCAAUUACCAAGCAGUUCCAUCGUGUUGGAGGAAGCGAAGAGGAACACUUUAUUGGCUAUUGCUUCUGCGAAGGCUCUGUCGUCUUUGGUGCAAUCUUGCGGCAGCACGCUCAUGAAAAAUUUGGACGUCAGAACAUCUCGAUCCCUGAUCACACAAUGGUAUAACGCAACAGCAGAGCUUGCAGAUGUGCUAUAUACUGCCAGUGCAUUGGUAGAUUUUGGAACGGGUUUCCCAAAAUCACCCGAAUCAGCUAGCUCCACGGACACAACGGAUCACGAACCUCAACAACAUGUUGUGCACCCGUCGUUCAUUCAGGUGUUAGCAAAGUCCGCCACCGGGGCUGCAAUGAAUGUUUUGGACUUGUUGAAAGACGUCAGUAAGCCUGGCGGUACUGGAGGCGAGAGUACAGGUACCGACAGACGAGAAGGCUCUAAGGCGGCUGGGCUGCAUAUCGAGCUUGCAAGUACAAUGGCGACCGUUGCGGAGACAACAAGGGCAUUAUCUGAAUGCCUAGCGGGGGAAGGAGGUGGUAAUGACUGGCAGAAGAAUAUCACUGAAAGUGCUGGGCGAUUCAUAAAGGCAAUCGCACAUAUGAGCGCAGCUGCCCGCGCCGUUGCGAUAAAUAACCCGUUGGGCAAACCAGUAAUGGCAGGGCUUCAUAACGUUACAAGAACGACAAAAGAACUUGCCAUGGCGGUUGCUACUCAGAAGUCAACCCCAAAUCCCAUUGUAGAUACCACUGUACAUUCUAGAACUGGAACGUAGAUUUCCUUUGUACGAUUCAUUUGUUGUGUAUUUUCUUAUAUAGAGGAUCGAUGAUGUAAAUAUAUUUGUCGUAUGUUUUAUGGUCAAG